AUGGAUGGAGAAGGAGGAUCAUCCGGGCUGGUCAAAUCAGCCGCCGUAAAACUGUCCGAGAUGGGCGAAAGAACCAAGCAGUUAGGCACCGCGAUGAAGGAUCCUCACCAGCAAAGACGGAUCAUAUUAGUGAUUGUUUGCGUGGCUCUCCUGCUGGACAAUAUGCUCUACAUGGUAAUCGUGCCAAUUAUUCCAGACUACCUUGCUGAGCUGGAGAGUGAGCAGUCAGAGCACGUCCACGUAGUGAUGCACCCCAACAGUUCAGCCAACAGCACAAGCCAAGACAAAAGCAUCAAGGACAAUUUAGAUGUCCAGAUAGGAGUACUUUUUGCAUCCAAAGCCAUCCUGCAGCUGUUAGUUAACCCGCUGUCGGGAACUUUCAUAGACCGGGUCGGAUAUGACCUUCCACUUUUAAUUGGACUGACUGUUAUGUUCGUGUCCACUUGCAUAUUUGCUUUCGGGGAGAACUAUGCGACGCUCUUCGCGGCCAGAAGUUUGCAGGGUCUCGGGUCUGCUUUCGCGGACACCUCUGGGAUCGCGAUGAUAGCUGACAAAUACACGGAAGAGUCGGAGAGAAGCACGGCGCUGGGCAUCGCUCUGGCGUUUAUCUCUUUCGGGAGUCUGGUGGCGCCUCCUUUCGGGGGCAUCCUGUACGAGUUCGCGGGCAAGAGGGUGCCCUUCAUCGUGCUCGCCUGCAUUUGCCUGGCGGACGGCUUUCUGCUGCUGACAGUGAUGAAGCCGUUCUCCAACAGGACUAGAGAGAACAUGCCAGUCGGCACCCCCAUGUACAAACUCAUGAUUGACCCGUACAUAGCUGUGGUGGCAGGGGCGCUGACAGUGUGCAACAUCCCCCUGGCCUUUCUAGAGCCCACCAUAGCCAACUGGAUGGAGACCACCAUGCACUCCACUCAGUGGGAGAUGGGGCUCACCUGGCUCCCAGCCUUCUUCCCUCAUGUCCUCGGUGUGUACAUAACAGUUAAAUUGGCAGCGAAGCAUCCCAAUUUGCAGUGGUUCUACGGAGCUUUAGGUAUGGUUAUCAUAGGAGCGAGCUCCUGCACAGUCCCUGCAUGCAAAACUUUUGGGCAGCUCAUCGCCCCGUUGUGCGGCAUUUGUUUUGGCAUUGCGCUGGUAGACACCGCCCUGCUGCCGACACUUGCGUUUUUAGUUGACGUGCGUCAUGUUUCAGUGUAUGGUAGUGUUUAUGCUAUAGCAGAUAUUUCCUAUUCUGUUGCAUACGCUAUGGGUCCUAUAGUAGCCGGCCAGAUAGUGCACAAUCACGGGUUUGUACAACUUAAUCUGGGUAUGGGCCUCGUCAAUGUGCUUUACGCACCAGCCCUGCUGCUGCUGCGCAACGUGUGCCAAAUGAAACCGUCCUACUCGGAGAGAGAUAACCUGUUAGAGGAGGCUCCGCAGGGGCUGUACGAUACCAUCAAGAUGGAGGAGAGGAGAGCUAAAAAGAAGGGCUACAGCUCGGCAGGGAAUUGCUUGCCAGUAGAUGAAAAUGGGUUCGACCCCUUCAGAGCACAGCGGUCCUUAUCAGAAGAGUCGUCCGGUCCGGAGUACACUUAG